UUGGUCCAGUGGUGACGUUGCUUUUGCAUGCCCUUUGCGUAGCCACACCGGCCGCCCAGUUUCACCUACGUGCCUUGCGCUCUAGGGCAGAGCUGAGCUAGCUAGCUCGUCUGCAAUUUCCUGAACUAGCCGAUGGGAAGGAAACUCGCUGACGCUCGAGGUCACUACCGCACCCUUCUCCUCCAGCUUGCAGCCGUCCUGCUUCUUGCGGCCACUUGUGAUGGCAUCAGACCGGCACCUUAUGGUGCAGACCCGGUGCUUGUGGAAGAAAAGAUCAGCACUGCGACACUAGUGAUUUCACCACAGCAGGGGCGCGCGACAGCCGGGGAGAACGUCGGCGGCGGCGGCGGCGUCCUGCAGGAGGAGGUGUACGCGACGGGGUCGAGCCUGCCGGACUGCUCGCACGCGUGCGGCGCCUGCUCGCCGUGCAGCCGCGUCAUGGUGAGCUUCAAGUGCUCCAUCGCGGAGCCGUGCCCGAUGGUGUACCGCUGCAUGUGCAAGGGCAAGUGCUACCCGGUGCCCUCCAGCUAGCUCGAUCGU